CUAGUGCUGAAAUUUCAAAAAAUAAAAGAUAACAAAGAGGUUGGAGCUUUCAGCUUUUCAGUUUUCAUCUGCACUGCCAUCUUUUUGAUUUUUAAGACGAAGUAGACGAAGUUCAAGAAUUUCAAGAUUGAAAAUUGGUAUUUAAAUCAUGAAUACGAUCGCAAGAAAAUUAUUUGGAGGCCGCUGUGGUGUUUCAAAAAAUAUUGCUCGUUUCUACAGCGACGAAGGAAAAUAUGAAAAAUCCAUAAACACAGUUACGUUGCUUGGUAGAGUCGGUGGUGAGGCUCAGAAAAAAGGUACCGAAUUACACCCUCUAGUCACAUUUUCACUCGCCACUCACAUCAACUACAAAUCUGAUUCGGGUACUUUCAAUCAAAAAACGGACUGGCAUAGGAUUUGCGUUUUUAAACCUAAUUUGAGAGACAAUGUCUUGAAUUACAUGAAAAAAGGACAACGAGUAUACGUGAGUGGUAAAAUAAUGUACGGCGAAAUUAGAGACGAAUCGGGCGGUGUUCGAUCAACUACUUCGAUUCUCGCCGAUGAUGUGAUAUUUUUCCAACGUUGAGUUGUUGAUUGAUUAAUUCGGUAAUCCUCUGCAUGCAUUUAUUUUAUGUGAUCCCUUUCCGUAAUUUUUAAGACUGAUCGUCUGUCACAGUGUUUUGUAAACUUUUAAUUAUUACUUAUAUCUGCAAUUUUUUUCUAUAUUAAGAUUUUUUAAAUCAAUAGGCAGUGACUGUGUUCAGUUCCUAUUUUAAAACAGUUUUAAUCGAUGUAUAUUAUUCCUAAUGUAUUAAAAGUUUGAUAUUACGAAAAAGGAA